UAAUCAAAGAAGAUUACCAGCUAGGGUACAGGGUUAGUUAUCAGUAUCUUUGGUUACGGUUUGCGACCGAGUGACAUGCCAUCUCUGCUAAGUUGACACGUCAGAUUACACCAUUAGACCUGAACCACGACAAGACUGAUCAUGAAGAGAAGUCGACAUCCAAGCAGCAGCGAAGACUCUGACAAUGGAAGUAACUCCACUUCUUGGUCGCAGCAUUCUCAACUCAGGAGAGCCAAUGGGAUGAAGCCCGCAGAGGUGUUUAGGACAGACUUCAUCACGGCCAUGAAGCUCCAUGACAAGUACCAUCUGAACCCAGAGGAUUACUACGUCCUGGCCGAUCCCUGGAGACAGGAGUGGGAGAAGGGAGUCCAGGUCCCUGUCAGCCCACACAUCAUUCCCCAGACUGUAGCCCGGGUGGUGGCUGAGAAGGGGACAGAGGUGAUGUUCUCGAAGCCCAAGAAGUUGAUCCGUUCUGGGGGUUCGGAGGCGCUGGGGUACGUGGACAUCCAGACCCUGGCUGAGGGGACGUGUCAAUACGACCUCAACGACACUGACGUGGCCUGGCUGGAGCUCAUCAACCACCAGUUCACUCUGAUGGCGCUGCGUAGUACUGACUGUCGCGGUUCAGAGCUGCGUAGUACUGACUGUGUCGUGGUUCAGAGCUGUGCUGAGGUUGUUAGGGGUGAUAGUAGUGUGUGGUUAUGUUCUGUGUUCCAGGCGUGUUAUGGGAUUCUGAAGGUGCCAAAGGGAAGCUGGCUGUGUCGGACCUGUGACCUCGGCAUCUUGCCAAAAUGCCAACUCUGCCCCAAGAAGGGCGGGGCCAUGAAACCCACCCGCAGCGGAACAAAGUGGGUCCACGUCAGCUGUGCCCUGUGGAUCCCCGAGGUGAGCAUUGGGAACCCAGAGAAGAUGGAGCCGAUCACCAACAUGUCCCACAUCCCCAGUAACAGAUGGGCUCUGACCUGCUGUCUCUGUAAAGACCAGACUGGAGCCUGUAUACAGUGUUCAGCUAAGAGCUGUCGGACAGCGUUCCAUGUGAGCUGUGCCUUACAGAGCCUGGAGAUGAACACCAUCCUGACAGAGCAGGAUGAGGUCAAGUUCAAAUCCUUUUGCCCCAAACACUCCGGUCUGAAGGGAGGACAGGACGGAGAGGGGGAGGAGGGAAAGGAGGGGGCCAGAGACAAGAAGUGGCGGAAGAGUGACAGAGUCGAUGAAGUUCCAGCCCCCAAGGAGGAGAGCAGGGUGAACCAGCAGGCGGUGAACCAGCAGGCGGUGAACCUGCGUCAGAUCAAACUGCAGCAGCUGGAGGAGGAGUUCUACCAGUUUGUUGACGUUAAGGAGGUAGCCAAUCACCUGCAGUUGCCCCCGGAAACAGUAGACUUCCUGUAUCAGUACUGGAAGCUGAAGCGCCGAGCCAAUCACAGCCAGCCGUUGCUGACCCCCCAGAAGGAGGAGGAGGAGAGUCUGGCGAGGAGAGAGCAUGAUGUCCUCCUCCACCGCCUGCAGCUGUUCACUCACCUCCGCCAGGAUCUGGAGAGGGUGCGUAACCUGACCUACAUGGUCACACGGAGGGAGAAGAUAAAGAGGACUCUGUGGAGGAUCCAGGAACAGAUCUUCACUCAUCAGGCCGAGUUGCUGGACCAUGAGAUCAUCAACGGGUGUCUGAACCACAGCGUGCGUCUCAGUGUGGUUUCGGCUCCAGUGGCGGUGUUUGGGUACAGCGGCCUGAAGACCCAGAGGAGAGACCGAGGGAGGCACCGGAGAGGAGGCCUACAUCUACUACACAGUCUGCCUGAGGGGGGUAGACACGUCAGAGGACAGACAGACAAUCAUACCAGAGGACAGACAGGCAACAACUCCAGCAAACUGAAGACAGAAAGUAGAGAGAGCGGCAGACCCAGAAUAGAGGGUAGGAGGAGCCUGAGGAAGGAGGCCCCAGAAUCUGAGCAGCAACAGAAGAGCAGCAGGAGGAGAGGAGAGGACCAGGGAUCGGAGGAGGACCAGAUAACGGAGAGGAGAAAGAGGAGGAGAGGAGAGACGGACCAGGGAAUGGACGAGAAGACAGGAGAGGAGGACCAUGGAACAGAGGGGAGGAGAGGACUCAAGGAAAGCUCUCCAAUCAAAGCCAAAACCAGACUGGGGUCAAAGGCCAGUAGGCUCAGUGAUAUGACUGAUGCUAAACCAGCCAAUAGAAUGAGUGAAGCUAGGGUUAGGUUAACUAGGAUCAAGGUUCAUAAUGUGACUGAGGCUAGGGUCAGGUUAACGAGGGUUAGGGUUAGUGAUCAUGUGACUGAAGUGAAGGAGAGGAAGGUGAGGCUCAGCGGAACAGACACCCAAUCAGACCCCAGAGACACCACUGUAUCCAUGACAACCAAACACAACAGCUGGCUGGCCAGUGGGCCUGGUGGCAGCCAUCUUAAGAACUGGGGUAAGUUCAGAAUCCCAAAGAGGAGUGAGAGGCCAAAGGAGGAGCCAUCAAACCCUAACCCCCCACAGCGCAGACCUCCUAACCCCCCACAGCACAGACCUCCCAACCCCCCACAGCACAGACCUCCUAACCCCCCACAGCACAGACCUCCCAACCCCCCACAGCGCAGACCUCGUUCCCCACAGCGCAGACCACUGCACAGUGAGCCGUCGUACCCCAGGAGACGACUCCGUACAGAGAGCGAUGGGUACUCCUCUGCUAACUCUGAAACUCCGCCCAGUGGUUUGGACAUGAAGGCAUGCCACGCCCACCAGCUGAGGGGCGGGGCCUAUGGCUCUGACAUCAUCCACCAAGGGGUUCUAGCCUCCUGAUGACAUCAUCCUGCUGAGAUGCAACACUUGAAACAAACAGCACCAUGUUUAUAGAAAAUGAAGCUAGCCCGAGGUUGCUUUUUAUAAUCACAUUUACAGAACUGAUUAUUUAUUAUCAUUUGUAAGGUUGUAUAUAUUUUCAAUUCUGUUAAGAUUAUUUUUCAGUGAAUGUAUUAUGACAAUUAACUGUAGACAUGCUCAUAGCCUCAACACAAUCACRCCUGACAACUGGUUUUGUUGAAGCAUAAGCCAUGUAUUUAAUUUGUAGUUUCAAAAUCACAUUAUAGCACUUGCAAUUGAAGAAUGGUCAAGCAUUAAUGAUUAGUAGAAAAUGAAUGGGAAUUUAACCUGAAACCACCCUUUCUAUACUUCCCAGCAGUGAAUCAAGAGGUCUAAUAUUUCUAGAAAACCAACAGGGGCUGAUGCUGUGGAGGUGGCUGGGUAUUGAACUAGACAGUGUCUGAUGGUGACUAGUGUCUGAGUGAUCGCUGAAGUGUUAGUCUUUUCCGAUUGAGUGGACAAAUGCUGCGUUUGCCGUCUCCACUAACACAGGAACAUUGCCUUUAAAUUUCAGCGAUACGGUUCGACUAGAACCCCAGGGCAGGUCUAGGAUCUGUCUAUAAGGCAAAACUGAUCAGAGGCUUUAUGGAGAAUGAGCCUGAAACCACUUCCUUGUCUGACUCAUGUGCCUAUCUUUAUUAUCAGUGUUUGCACUAAGACAGGAUGGCUGGGCUUGGAAUAAAUUAUUUUUACAGGAACACAUUUUGUACCAUUGAAUGCUGCAUCAUCGUUAUGCAAAUGACCAGUUCUGUCAUGUCUUAAAUAAAUUCACUCUUAAAUCA